AUGAAAUUAAAAGUUCUAGUUCACGAAAGCUCUCACACAAGUUUUGAAUAAGAAUUCGCUGCUAGACCAAUUUCAAAGGAAGCUCAAAAACUGACCGGUAAAGCGCUAGUAGACUAUGUGAAGGAGCAUCAGCCAUUUUUCAAGGCUGAGUACUCGCCCGAUGUAAUUGAACAGCGUAAGAGAACUCUGAUGAAGAUGGAAUUACUUGAACACCCCAUGCAAAAAGAAAUCGUAGCGAAAGCCAAAAAACUGGUCAUAAACGAAGACAUUCCUGAAAGCUUCGACGCUCGGGAAAAAUGGAAGGACUGCCCGUCUAUACGAUACAUUCGUGAUCAGUCAAAUUGCGGCUCAUGUUGGGCUGUCUCGGCAGCGGAAACCAUGUCCGACCGCCUUUGCAUUCAUUCUAAUGGUACAAGAAAGACAAUGAUUUCGGAUACCGAUAUGCUCUCAUGCUGCGGAUUUGCCUGCGGAUUUGGUUGCGAAGGUGGCUUAGCCAUCGGAGCAUGGUUUUAUGCCCAGGAUUUUGGUGUAUGCAGUGGGGGACGAUACGAGGAGGAGGUAUGUGCAUGGGAAUGCAUGGUUGAGGCAAAAAAGGUAUAUGGUCUAUACAAAGAUGAAGAUAUUAUUCGAAUGGAUAUCAUGAAGAAGGGGCCUGUUCAAACAGCAUUCGAAGUAUUUGAAGACUUCUAUUCUUACAAGAAAGGUGUCUAUGUGGAGAGUCCAAACAUGGGUAUCUGGUAG